AUGGGCGCGGUGGGAAGCAAACAGCACGCUCGAGUGCCAAAAGCGUCCAAAUUAUCCGACGUGUACGACGACAACGAGAAUUCUGUUGCCACGAGAUAUGACACACUCGUGAGUGCCUUCAAAACGCAAUUCGAGGGAGAAAAGCCGAAAACCAUCGCGCGGUCGCCCGGUCGGGUGAAUUUAAUCGGCGAGCACAUCGAUUACGAAGGGUACUCGGUGUUACCAAUGGCGAUUGGUUUGGACGUCAUCGUUGCGGUAUCGGUCGCUUUGAAAGAAGAAGGAAACGUUGAAGAGGACGAGGCGGAAGCGACGCUCUCGAUUGCGAACGUGGACGGCGAGAAGUAUAUGCCGAAAGAGUUUCCGUUCGAUCACGAGCAAGAGGUGGACGUGAAAAGUCACCACUGGACAAACUACGUGUUGUGUGGGUUUAAAGGUAUUUUUGAUCAGCUGAAGAAACAGAAUAAGUUAGAGUCGGUUCUGGAAAGCGCGUUUAUGAAGAGAGUGAAGAAGGUGAUGGUGAUGGUGGACGGGAAGGUUCCGCUAGGGAGCGGUCUAUCCUCUUCGUCCGCGCUGAAUUGUGCCGUGACUGUGGCAUUAAUGGAUGCGUUCGAGUUAAGUUUCACGAAAGGGGAGUUGUCCGAGCUGACGUGUUUAUCCGAGCGGUAUUCCGGGACGCAAAGCGGCGGAAUGGAUCAAGCGAUUUCCAUCAUGGGCGAGAAAGAUUUGGCAAAGAGGAUCGAUUUCAACCCGAUUGGUGCGAUGGAUGUACCGUUACCGACAAAUUUGACGUUUUUGAUUGGAAAUAGUUGCGCGGUGAGUAAGAAAGCCGAAUCAGCACACAAACAUUACAACUUGCGCGUCGUCGAGUGCCGAUUGGCGGCGAUAUUGAUGGCAAAACAUUACGGCGAAGAUAUCGAGAAGGCCAAGACGAGAGUGACGCUGAGAGAAGUCGCGGAUUUGUAUUGCAACAAAGGCGAUUUGUGGACUGCUUUGGGCGCGGUUAGAAAAGCGUUAAACGAGGGGAGUUACACGAAGAAACAGUUGGAAAAUGACGAAGGUCUUGGCGAUUUACGGAAAAUUUUCGAUUGCGAAAACAACGAAGCGUUUAACGUCGUGUUGCAAAAGAACGACACGUUUAAACUCAGAGACCGAGCUCGACACGUAUUUUCCGAAGCGAGAAGAGUGCACGAAUUCCAAAAGAUUUGUGAAGGUCAAUCGCCAAGGUAUGCAGUGUCGGGUCCGAUAUACGAGCAUUGGUGCAAAGUGAUCGGCUUAGAACCCGACGUCGGCGUCGCUUCGGACGAUCCAACUAAAGAUUUCGGCCACCCGAUGUACGGGAUGGGCAAAGAAGACGCUCUCGCAAAACUUAUGCAUCUUUCCCACGAGAGUUGUAAAACGCAGUACGAGUGCUCGUGCGACGAGCUGGACGAGUUGGUGGAUGCGUUCAUGAGUGCAGGCGCGCUCGGCGCGCGAUUGACCGGUGCCGGAUGGGGCGGGUGCGUCGUCGCGGUGUGCGAGAGCGAUAUCGCCGAGGAAAUUUUAGCCGACGUGAAGAAGAGUUUUUACGAAAAACGAUUCCAAUCCGGAGUAGCGAACAUAGCGGACGAGACGAAUUUACUGUUCAAAACUGCACCGAGCGCCGGCGCGGCGAUUUUGCACUACGACGACGAAAAAGGCGUGAUUGUUUAA